GCAGAAAUCCUGAAAGACUGGAAAGUCAGAAAGGUGACUGUUUUUUAGAAAACAAAGACGUUGAAAAAUUCUGUAAGUCAUGGGUGCAAAUAGUUAAAGAAUUUCAACAAAGAAACAAAUGGAAUAAAAAGGACAGAGUGAAAAAACUUAUCAAAACAGAACUUGCAAAAGUCAAG